AUGACUACAGACAUAAUUACCCAAUACGCUACUAAAUGGUACAUUGUAUUACCAAUCCUUAUCAUCGGAUAUAAUUUAUACAGCUAUGCUAAUAGAAGAUACCUCUUAAGAAAAUUGGGUGCUAAAGAAUAUGCAAAUAUUGAACAUGAUGGUUGGUGUGGAUUUCGUCUUCCCUUUAUUAUUUUAGAGAAAAAGAAGGAAGGAUUAUUAAGUGAGUAUGGUAGUGAACGGUAUAAAUUCAUUACUAACCCCCAUAUACAUACUUUUACAUUUUUAAUCUUUAAUCUUCCUCUUGUUAAUACUAUAGAUCCUGAAAAUAUUAAGGCAAUUUUGGCAACUCAAUUUAAUGAUUUUGCCUUGGGUAAGAGACAUAAGUAUUUUUAUCCAUUAUUAGGAGAUGGGAUCUUUACUUUAGAUGGUGAAGGUUGGAAACAUUCCCGGGCUAUGCUUAGACCUCAAUUUUCAAGAGAUCAAGUGGCUCAUGUACAAGCUUUAGAACCUCAUGUUCAGAUUUUAGCUCAACAUAUUAGAAAGAAUAAAGGACAAUUGUUUGAUUUACAAGAAUUAUUCUUUAGAUUUACCGUAGAUUCAGCCACAGAAUUCCUUUUUGGAGAAUCAGUGGGUUCUUUAAAGGAUGCCUCUAUUGGAUAUCCAACUCCUGAUAUUGAUUUUGAUGGUAGAACAGGAUUUGCUAAUGCCUUCAAUGUAUCUCAGAAUUAUUUGGCUUCUAGAUCAGUAUUACAAGAUUUGUACUUUCUUAUAAAUGAUAGAAAGUUUAGAGAUUCGACUAAGGCUGUACACAAAUUUGCUGAUUAUUAUGUUCAAAAGGCUCUUAACACUAGUCAAGAUGAAUUAGAUAAGAGAUCCUUAGGUGGAUAUAUCUUUUUGUAUGAAUUGGUUAAGGAAACAAGAGAUCCUCGUGUCUUGAGAGAUCAAUUAUUGAAUAUCUUAGUGGCCGGUAGAGAUACCACUGCUGGAUUAUUAUCAUUUGCAUUCUAUGAAAUGUCUAGAAAUGCUCAGAUUUGGAAUAAAUUGAAGGAAGAGAUUUACGAAAGGUUUGGAUCUGGAGAUGAAUCGGAUCUUGAACUGAUUACUUUUGAAGCAUUAAAGAAGUGUGAAUAUUUAAAGGCAGUAUUGAAUGAAACUUUAAGGUUGUAUCCAUCAGUACCUCAAAACUUCCGAGUAGCUACUAAAGAUACUACAUUACCAAGAGGUGGAGGACCCGAUGGAUUAGAUCCUGUCUUGGUGCAAAAGGGUCAAUCGGUCAUGUACUCUGUUUACUCACUUCAUAGACUUGAAGAAUACUAUGGAAAGGAUGCUGAUCUAUUCCGUCCAGAAAGAUGGUUUGAACCGGAAACAAGAAAGUUGGGUUGGGCCUAUUUACCAUUUAAUGGUGGUCCACGGAUCUGUCUUGGUCAACAAUUUGCUCUUACUGAAGCAUCUUAUGUAGUUGCCAGACUUGUCCAACUCUUUCCUAACCUUCAUGCUUCUCCUUCUGACACGGAGUAUCCACCUAAGAUCUCUGCACAAUUGACGGCCUGUCUUCAAUAUGAGAAUUUGGUAUCUAUGUCUUAG